AUGGGGAUUUACUUCUUCUGCCUCAACCAUCUUCACGUUCCUGUUGUGUUGGAAUCCAAUAAGGGCAUGCUGCAGCAACCGCAGCAGCAAAGCUCUCUCACGAUCUUCUCUGUUGGGUUUUUCGCUCGAGGGUUGGCAGCAGCAGCCGUCAUGCCGUUCACGGUCGUCAAGACGCGUUUCGAAGCAGGAGACCGAUGGUAUGGCAACGGAAUCAUCCAGACUUUGAGAGGGAUCGCGCGAGCCGAGCACCCGACCGCCCUCUUCCGCGGCUUCCUUCCGACCAUCUUACGAGACUCUCCGUUCUCAGGCGUUUACCUCCUUCUCUACUCCAAGUCGAAAGCCGCAAUAGAACCUCUCGAUGUUGCAACCAUGAUCCCCCGCCCUCUCUUGAAUUUCUGCAUUGGCGCUUUUUCGGGAGUUUUUGCUACGAUCUUGACCAAUCCUCCUGAUGUCGUUCGGACUAGAAUGCAGCUGCGAAACGUGGAAGGGGGAGGUGGGAUGAGCGUCAUGCAUGUCGUUCGUUCCAUGUACAAGAACGAGGGGAUUGGAGCUUUCUUUCACCUCGGGGUCCUUCCCCGCGUUGUGAAGCGCAGCGUGCAGGCGGCUCUCACCUGGACUCUCUACCAUGAGUUCGUGGCAAUGAGGUUGUUCAGAUCCUCAGGGAAGCACCGUCCUGCAUGA